AUGUCUGCACCGCUCAUCACACCACCUGUGCCGUCCACGCCUACUGCACCACCGCACGCCAUUCCGCUCAAAUCACACCUGCCUGCACCUCCCCUUGUCACCAUCCAGGGCGCGGACGCGGCCAGCGGUUCAGCCGGCGACCUCUCACCCACCAUCAUCGACAUGGACAUCUUCAGCCAACUCCUCGAGAUGGACGACGAGGACGAUCGGGAGUUCUCCAAAUCCAUCGUCUGGAACUACUUCGAUCAGGCGGUCACGACGUUUAAAGAGAUGGAUGCCGCCUUGUCCACCAAAAACCUCACCGAACUCUCGACGCUGGGUCACUUUUUGAAGGGUUCCAGCGCGGCGGUGGGCGUGAUCAAAGUGAGGGACCACUGCGAGCACAUGCAGCACUACGGCAAGUGUCACGGCGAGGACGGCGUCAGCAAGUUGACUGAAGAGGAGGCGCUCGAGAAACUCACUGUUACGUUGACAGACGUCAAGGUUCAGUACAAGGAGGCGGCCAAGGCGUUGAAGGCGUUCUAUGAUGAGGAGGAUGAGGGCGAGGAUGAGGAGGAGGCGACACCAGCAGAGACCGAGGCGAAAGCGGAUCCUCCCACGACGGAGAAGGCGGAGGCGUCCGCCUAG